GCUGCAAACCGGUGUCCUUCCUAUGCUGCCCUGAGAAGAAUCCACUGGCUGUGGUCAGCUGGUGCUUACCUACAGUGGCUUGUGGUAGCACCGAGUGUCCUGUGAGUCUCAGCAUUGACUGGAUGGUCUGAUGACAACAAGGAACACAUUUGGAAACUAGGAACUGAUUUCACAACAAUGGGAUACCUCACCCACGCGCUGCUCAGAAGGUUGUUUGGUCCCUCAUCUUGGUGCCUGCCGAGGGAAUUGAGUCAAAGUCCUAUCCUCAAUCUGAAAUGGUCACCUCUGAGGCAGAGCUGCAGUGAAAGACCUGGAUUUGUGACUGCCACUGAUGCGGUCAAGUACUGGCAGAAGGUGUUUGAGACCAAUGGGGUCCCUGAAGCACAAGAAUCCAGUGAAUAUAUUGUGUCAUUUGUCCUGGGAGCAAAAACAUUUCAGAGCUUGAAUUCCAAAAGCCUCCACACUCCACUUACAGCAGUGCAGCAGGAGCACAUCCAGCAGCUGAGCUACAAGCGAUUAGAAAGAAUGCCGGUGCAAUAUGUGAUUGGUGAGUGGGAUUUUCAGGACCUGACUCUGAAGAUGAGACCCCCAGUAUUUAUUCCUCGGCCUGAGACAGAGGAUCUUGUCUCCUUAGUUGUGGAGGAAGAGUCUCAGAAAUGUGAGAAGAAUUCAGACCUCUGCUUCCCAGUUGCUGUCCCCCACCCUGUGAUCAUGGAGAUUGGCUGUGGCUCUGGAGCAAUUGCUCUGAGUCUGUUGUGCAAACUGCCACAGAGCCUGGUGAUAGCCAUGGAUAAAAAGGAGGCUGCUGUGGAUCUCACUAGGGAGAAUGCACAUAGGCUGCAGCUCCAGGAGAGGAUCCACAUUCUCCACCAUGAUGUUUCAUACAGUUCUGCAAAGCAGCUGCUGCUCUGGGGCCCUGUAGACUUCAUAGUCAGCAAUCCCCCAUAUGUCUUCCAUGAAGACAUGGCUUCCUUGGACACAGAAAUCCUCUGCUAUGAGGACCUUGAUGCACUAGAUGGGGGAGAUGAUGGGAUGAGAGUCAUCAAAACAAUUCUGGCUCUGGCUCCUUCUCUUCUGAAGGAUUCUGGGAGUGUGUUUCUGGAAGUGGAUCCCAGACACCCAAAUAUGGUAGAGAACUGGCUACAGGCACACCCCAACUUGCUGCUUGUCCUCCGUGCUGUUCACAAGGACUUUUGUGGCAAGCCUAGGUUUCUGCACAUCCAAAAACAAAGCAGAUGACAACUGUACUAGAAAUAACUCUUCCUGCAUUAUGCUUUUUGUGGGUGAGUCCUGCUGAAGAGCUUGUUGAAAACUCUGCGUGGCAAAAGGAAUCUCCACUGCAUUCCUCAGUGCACUGAACUCUGUACAGUUGCAGACCCCCCUCAUUUCCAGACUUCUUCCAGAGAUGCAGAAGUUCAGCAAAGAGUGUGGAAGUGUUUCACUUUCCUCAAGGAGCUGCAUGCAGCUUUUUAGUUUGCCCUGCUAAAGUGACUCAUUAAUCUCAGCACCCAGUAUGGCAGAAUUCACAGCUCCAGAUCUUUCAUUAGAACUCUACUCAAGAUGUCAGAUUGCCCAUUUACCUGGGAAGAAUUUAUCUUUUGUUUUUCCCUUUGGCUUUGAGACAACCUUUUGUAGAAUGUGACCAGAUUGGAUGACAGAUCCAAACUCUGACUUAUAUGGGACAUGACUGACCUGUAUGUUUCAAACUGAGUUGCACUGAAGGAUCCUGGUGGUCUGGAGUAGAUCUCCAACAACAAAGCAGCCUGUUUGCCAGUCAUGCCAAGGCACAUGUCAGUAAAUGAUCAGUGCACGUGUUACACCCUCUGAAUCUGCAGCACCUGACACUUGGUGAAUGCUUUCAGAAACAAUUAAAAUGUGGUGAUAAGGAUAGUCCUUGAGAUCAGUGUCCUUACUGCUGUGCAUUUCCCUUUUCAAACAUGCUGGCAGACCUGGAUGAAUAUCUGGCACCUGCACAUUGCUUCUGAUAGGAACAGAAAUGCCCACGCUCUGUGUAAGACAAUUAAAUGCAAGGGUUUACAACAAGGGCCAAGGUCAAUACUCCAGUUGUGUAGAUGAAGAAGUUGAAAUAAAUGGGAGGUGGAUGACUUGUCCAAAAUUUGACAGCAAACUAAGUUUGAAGUGGGACCUAAACACUUGACAGCUGUGGGAAUAGCUGAGGUCUGUUUCUUUGGGAAGGGUGACUCAGAGCAGGGCUACCUGAGACAGCAUGGAGAGGAGGCCCUGAAAUGGACAGUCACUAUAGUGACAUUCUAAAUAAUGUCAGGAUUCAACU